AUGCGAGGCGCAUUGAGCUAUGCCAUUGAUGGUAUUGGUAACGUUGUGAACUUAGUGAUAUUCUUCUUCUUCAUCAUAUUCCCAAGCAUAGAGGGCCUGGCUAUUGUUGCCAUAGCGUCAAGCAUGUGCUGCUUCCUUGGUGCAAAAAAGGAAUUAUUUGGUAUCAACUUUUCUUUUGCACUCGUGGUUCAUUUUUGCGUGCAGGAGCAUUUUUUGCCUUGUGUAAUACUGCGGUAAAAAAAAAUACUCACACUCGAUACGCAGCUUUCCACGUGUGUGUGUGUUUUUCUCUCUCUCUCUCUCUCUCUCUUUCUCUCUCUCAUCUCUCAUAUUCAGUUUUGGACUGAGUGCGAAUUGUGUAUAGGCGCACGCCAUCUGGGGAUUUCGUCAGGUGGAUUGACAUUACUAAUCACACACACACACACACACACACGCACAAAGGGCACAUGCAUCUUUCUGCAGAAGACCCCUUUCUCGAGGAACUACCAACUCGCAGGGCGUACGCAAAAAAGAAGAAAGACAAUUUCGGACUCCUUCAGCUUGAUGGCGCACUCACUUAG